CUUUAAAAGGUCACAGCGAUCCACUUUAAACUCACAGCAACCCACUUUAAAAAGGUUACUAAGAGUUCAUAUGGUUUCCUCUGCAGUGGACUGAUCAAAUAUCUACUUUCCUUUUACAGAAAACGAAUGUGUAAGUUUAUGACCCGCUUGUGAUUCAUCAACAUCUUUCAUUCAAGCCAUAAAUAAGAUGCUCCAAACGGAUGGUCUCGCAUCGUUUUGCAAGCAGAUAGACUUGAAGGGAUCGUAACCCGUUUGGAAGAUAUAAUAGUACACAGGCUGUUCCAAUGGAUUCCCAAGCAUCUUAUGCAUCUCUAGUGAAAGGCAUUCAGUCUCUGGAUGUAACAGGAGAUUUUAAUCCCUGUCAGCUCUUGCUCACCGGAGACCGGGCUUUCCCGGUGCUUCUGAGUUCGAAGGAUGAAGUCCUCAUUGCUGCGUCUCAGUACGGAGAAGGACACAUGGUGGUCUUCGCCCAUGAAGCAAUGCCGGUCCUUCCCCGGUUUUUGCCAUUGAUUAGAAAUGCUCUGGAGUGGCUGAAGCCAUCAUCCACAGCACAAGUGGGGGUCCACCAAAGCAUGGCUGCCCUCUCCCAGGUACUCCUUAGCAAUGGAGUCAAAGUGCAUCCUGGAGUUCCCCUUGGAGACCCUCUAGGGGUCUACUGCCUGGAUGCCUACAAUGGUGACCAGGCGGAGGACCUGGUACGGUUUGUCAAAAGAGGUGGAGGUCUGCUGAUCGGAGGACAGGCCUGGCACUGGUCAUAUCAACACGGUGAAGAGAACGUUCUGAUGGAAUUCCCUGGCAACUGGGUGACCAGUGUGGCUGGCGUGUAUUUCACUGCCAAUAUGGGAGAGAAUGGGAUCUUUCCCGUACCCACGGAAAUGCCAAGGCUCCCUCUGAUCACUAAGUCUGGGUUAGACAUCCAAAGAGACUUAAAUUCCCUUCUCAAUGGAGUGACUCAGUUUGACAUGUACGAUAAGAUCCCUUCUCCCCUGCUCAUCCACGGGAAUUUGGCAUUUCCAGUUGCCGUAUCCGAUUCUGAUGAGACGUUCAUCGGAGCCGCAUACUAUGGCAGGGGACGCGUUGUAGUUGCCUCCCAUGAAGGGCUAUUGAAUACCGAUUCAAUGCAGACAUUUUUGCUCAAUGCCAUUCGGUGGCUUAUGGCUGGGAAAGGAGGAAAGGUUGGAGUUGGAAGUGAUUUCUAUGGGGUUCAUUCUAUGUUACUCCAAGCCAUGAUCCCUUGUGAACUCACCAGUCUUCAGGAAGGCCUCAGCGUAUACUGUUGCUCAGCCUAUAGCGAUGACGAGAUGGAAAAUAUCCACGAAUUUGUCUCUGAAGGAGGUGGUCUCCUCAUCGGGGGUCAUGCCUGGUAUUGGACUUACAACCAUCCCAACAGCAGUGCCAUUGCGCAGUUUCCAGGAAACAAGAUCCUGAACAAGUUUGGAAUAGGAAUCUUUGGAGAAACAAGCAACUCUAAAACCUACCCUGUGAGACAGGCUGGAGACGAAUCUUUGAAUUACAACUUCCGAAAAAUGCUCUCUUAUUUCAAGGAACAGGUUGAGAACAAUCAACCUCUACAUCCGCCGUAUUCCCAGUGGUGUAAGAAACUGGCACAAGAUUCAGCCGCAUUCCUACAGAUCCCAGCUGCCAAAUCCCCUAUUUUCUCCUCGGUUCACAAGCAUAUGGUGGAACUGGUCCAGCGCUGUGGGAUUCCCGACAUCGAUGCAAACAACCCAAUCAAAUCCAACUCAGACAAAGCUGUUUUACUCUAUAUGUCUUGGGAUCUCUACAACCUGAUGCCCGAAUUCCAGAGUUUAGUCCCCUGCCUGAAUCAACAUUUCACAAAACCCUUUCCAAUAGCAUCUCCCCAAACCAUCUGGAUUAAUGGAACAAAUAACGGAAAUGAAGCAUGGAGAAGCUCUGGCAUGUACGUUCCUCCAGCCAAGACUGUCACCUUGAUCUUUCCAUCCACUGUUCUAGAUGCUAAUCUGCAGGUACAGAUUGGCUGCCAUUCUGACGACCUGAGCAAGGCUGGCGAGCUACAACGUCCUCCGGUGGUGGUCAGACGAUUUCAGGUCAAGAGUCCAAGAGUGGAAGUCUCCAGUCUGUGGGGAGGCCUCUUAUACACCAUAGUGCCAGAGAAAUCUUCCAUUGGCUUCAUAUAUAUCACCAUAGAAGGGGCCACCAUGGCUCCUUACUUCAAGCAUGGUGAAACCAGCAUCCGGGCCUGGCAGGAUACCAUACGUCACUAUCCUGCUCCCUGGGCUGAGCUAGAAACCGAGAACGUCAUCUUGACAUUGCCCUCAGAUGAUGCGCGCAAAGUAGAUGAUCCUGAGACCCUGCUCACUACCUGGGCCCAGAUGAUGAAUGCUGUGACCAAGCUGGCAUUCAUUCCUCCUGUUUUCCCCAGACCAGAACGAAUUGUGACUGACGUUCAAAUAUCAGCUGGUUGGAUGCAUUCUGGUUAUCCGGUCAUGUCUAAUGUAGGGGGAAUAGAGGAAAUUGUGAACAUGCAAGCCUUCAAAACCAAAGGGACCUGGGGUCCAAUCCAUGAGUUGGGUCACAACCAGCAGCAAAGUGGGUGGGAAUUCCCUCCCCAUACCACUGAAGCCACUUGCAACCUCUGGUCUGUUUACGUCAAUGAGACGGUCCUGAACAUCCCCAGGGACAAAGCUCAUCCAGAACUCAAACCAUGUCUGAGAAAGCAGAGAAUUGAAGACUAUCUCCAAAAGGGAGCUCAGCUGAAGGACUUUGACGUAUUCACUGCGCUGGAACCCUAUUUACAGCUACAGGAAGCGUUUGGAUGGGAACCCUAUAUCCACAUCUUUGCCGAGUACCAAAAAAUGACCAAAAUCCCCAAUGACAACAAAUCCAAGAUGAAUUUGUGGGCAGAAACGUUUUCACGAAGAGUAAACAAAAAUCUAGGUCCUUUCUUUAAAGCCUGGGGGUGGCCAAUUGAAGAUGAAGUCUCUUGGAAAUUAGCCAAAACUUUCCCUUCCUGGGAAGAAGAUCCAAUGAAGCAGUACCUGUCACUGUAAGGAACUGGAAAUGAAACAAACUGAAGCUGCACUUCAUAGAACUGUGCACCUGCAUUGGAAUUAGGCUGAUCAGGUGAAAUAUGAGAUGGUGCUUCUAUUUUAAAUAAGUUUACAUACCAUCCAGUUAUCCCAAUAUGACAGGGACAGUCUUGAUUAACACUCUGCCUUCCCACUUUUCAAAUGUUUUAAAUCUUUAAAGCUCUGUUGAAUUUGGAUACAGUUCUUUCUUAUUUUCCUGGAAGCUUGUCAUUGACAAGCACUUUGAGUAACCCUGCUCUAGGGCAAAUCCAAACCUCUUUAAACUGUUGGCUGUGACUCCAUUUGGGGUCCUCUAACUCUAUCUAGGGGUCAAAGAAAUUUGUGUAACUUGCCACCUAAUGACUGCAUUAAGAAAUUUACCUGAUUCUAAGAGGAAAAACUAGAGCCAAGAGUAGUCUGCCACUUGAGGCUGCAAAAGAAACAUACCAGAGUGGCAUGAAAAAUGGUGAAGAUCCUCUACGUCUUGUAGUAUCAAAUAUUCAUAAUUAAGAAACAGAUUUUUAUGUAUAUGAAAGAAUUGUUUUAAAAUAAAUAUUUUUGAUUUAUUAUCAUGAAA